AUGAUGAUGAGAAUCUCAACGACAAAAUGUAUUUUGAUGACGAGGAUCGUUGACGCGUCGAAUCUCGCGCCGCCGUCCUCGCGCGCGGCGCCACUUCGCACCGCGCGCGUCGCCGACGACUUCGCGCGGGAGAAGCACGCGAGCGAGCCGCGUAUCGCAUCGCAUCGCGCGUCGAUGGCCGCUCCGGACCGCGGUCCGAAGCUCCCGCCCGAUGCGCGAGGAGGGAAGGGCGACGCCUCGGGGAAAAAGCACAAGAGUACUAAGAGCGGAGGCGGCGUCAAGACGAAGAAGCGGACGUCCUCCAGCGACGGCGCGAUGAAGCCGCUCGUGCUGCUCGCCGCGGGGAUGGCGCUCGUGCCCGUGAUCAAGAAGCUGAAGGAUUUGCUCGAGUCUCGCGGCGGCGGCGAGAAGGGCGAGAAGAGCGAGAAGGGAUCCGCGUUCUCCUUCGGAAAGGGAAAGAGAGGCGGCAAGGCGAAGGGCAAGGGCGGCGACGGCGGCGGCGACGCGGGCAUCAAGAAGCCGCCCGGCGCGGGCGCGAAAGGCGUCGAGCGCGUCGGGAACGUUCCCCGGAACAAGGCGUCGAACAACAAGAAGAACCGCGCGAGGAAAGCGGAGAGGAAGGCGUCCCGCGCGGAGGAAGAAGAUCGCGCCAACCCCAAGCACAAGGCUGGGCAGCUUCCCAACGGAGGCCACGCUGUCGUCAAAGAGGGGAACAACGUUCCGAAGGACGACGACAUCAUCGGCGGCGAGGCGGGGAAGACGUUCACGACGACGUCGAGCGUGAAGGUGCCGACGUGGUACGCGAGAGUGCGAGAGGAGCGAGGGAACGACUAGCCAGACUACCGGCCGAGGAGGGCGCGUCGUCGUUUCGCGA